AUGACAAUUAAAAACCAAACCAACACAGAAAUUCCCCGACUCUCUGCCACCACUGACUCCCACAACAUAUGGCCGACUGUGGAGGCCAACGGAGCCGCAAUCAUACAGAACUUUCUUUCCUUGGAUGUCGUGCAGCGUUUGAAUCGGGAGGUAGAUCCCUAUGUAAAGAUAGAACCGAUUCCAGCCGCCGAAACUAAAGACCAUCCCAACUAUGUCUUAUCCACAACAACUCGGAUUGUGAACGUCCUCACUGAAUUCUCAAAGGCCUACCGCGAGGACGUGCUGAACAAUGAGGUCCUCCAUCGGAUAUCUUCUGAUGCAUUCAAGGUGUACGGUGAUUAUUGGGUUCUCAUGGGCGCUGUGAUGGAAUUGGCACCGACGAAUCCCGCCCAGCCUCUCCAUCGAGACAUGAGAUAUAGCCAUCCUGUUGUCAACUAUCUCAAGCAUGAUGCACCUGCCACUUCCAUAAAUCUUCUCAUUGCACUGACACCAUUCACCGUCGAAAACGGUGCUACACAUGUGAUUCUGGGGAGCCAUAAAUGGCAAGACAUUGGCGGUGCUUCGAUGGACCAGACUGUUCGCGCGGUGAUGAACCCCGGGGAUGCUCUGCUGAUUACCGAUAAUACUGUACAUUGUGGGGGAGCAGAUACUACAGGGACCGAGACUCGCCGUUUACUGUCCCUUACGAUGGGCAUUAGCCAACUGACUCCGCUCGAGAGCAACUUUACCGUUCCCCGUCCGAUCAUGGAGAGCCUAACACCACUGGCUCAGAGGCUUCUUGGUUGGGGAAGUCAACGAUCAGCGGCACCUCGUGAUAUAGGACUAUUGACUAUCCGAGGAAAAUCGAUUGAGAAAACGAUGGGAUUGAAGUCGAAGCAGCCACUUCCAGAGGAUGGGAUGGAAUAG